AUGUCAACGGAUUCCGGAGGUCCCAUUCAGAAAGGCGCCAUGUUUAUGGCAGGGCUGACUCUGUUGCAGUCUCUCCGUGUGGCUUUAACUGGAGCAAAGUUUGCACUUGAUAGAUUUAAAAUUCCGCAGCAAUAUGCCAGCUCCUUCAUUAACAUGGUCCAUAAUCCUAUGGAACUGGCAACGUUUACUGGUAUUGUCAUUAUAAACCUUAUGGCUCUCAUUUGGAAGGAAGAUGGGUUUAAAACGGGCUUGGCCAUCUUUACUAACAUAGCACUAUACUGUUCCUUCAUUCUGCUUCUCAUUGCGUUCAUUUCUGGAGGAGAACUGGGCAAUCUCACAUUCUACUACUGGACUAUAGUCUUCGUCUCAUUUAUAUAUGGGCUUAAUGUAGCAGCUGUGAUGACUAUGGGAAGUAAGAAUGCAGCCCUUUUCAAUGUAGGAAUUCCUGUUUCUGGUAUUCUUGUUUGCAUUUACUACUAUAUCUUCACUAAACUUGCCAAGAAACAUAACUGGUCAGACGUUAGUUACUGGAUCAUAUUUUGGCAACUUAUCAUAGCAAUAGUGAUAUCGGCAGUCUCUGCCAUAGUAUGGGUAUUUGCAUAUACAGAACCUGAUAAACCUACUGGCAAUGGCGGAGGUCCAGGUGCAAUAUCUCCUAUUCUUAUGGGUGUGGUUGGAAUGGGUGGUAUCUAUGCUUUCUAUCCUGCUAUUGCUCCUUAUAAAUUGACGGAUGUUAGCACAGGUUACAAGAUUGACCUUGUUGUUCUGUUUAUGAGUGCAGUCCCAGGUAUUCUAAUUGCCAUCCUAUGCGCUUGUAAUGGAGGCCCUCCUGGAAAAGGUGUUGGCCCAAAUCAAGAUUGGAGUAGUGCUCAAUGGUGGCAUGGUACUUGGAUUCUGGCAAUUCCACAUAUUCUUGCCAUGGUCUUAUGCUUCGUUACACUUCAUUACCCUGAUGGUAGAGUAGCUAGUUCUAUAAAGAGUAGUGGUUUGAAGGUUGGGGUUAUUACUGUGACUCUAAAGUUUUGUGAAGAAGGACUAAAGGCUGUUUCAUAUGCUGGAGCUGGUGCACAUGGUGGUAAUAUUUCCUCUUUUAAUGCGUUCACUUCACAAGGUUUAAUGAUUCUAUUGGCCUUUACUGGUGAUGGUUAUUUAAAGACUUAUUCCAAGUAUGAACAUGAUAGGGAUAAAUGGCCUACCAAAGACUUUGGGACUCUUAGUUCCAUCUGCUACUGGGCAGGGAAUGGAGCAUAUGUGGCAUGCAAGAGUGUUAAGUCUUCCUUUACUAAGAAUGUUAGAUGCAAGGUUUUAGGUAAAUCAGAGGCCUUACUCAUUGUCUAUCAAGAUCAGGAAUUUUAA